GAGUCUCAACCUCCGCUGGGGAGAUUCCCGCACACUUGGAAACAAACACAGUGUCAACCUCAUGACCAGUGAUGCCGAUCAUCAUAAACAUGUUGCUGUAGAGGAUGUUGGUAAUGGUAACCCAGGGUUUGAGCGCCGGAAGAAAAACAAGCCAAGUGACAUUUGGUCAUGAGGCGUCGAUCAAGAGUAACGGAGCCAUCUGAGCCUCUCCCCUAGAAAGAGUUGAAAGGAAAGCAGCUUCAGAUGGCUGAAGGGUGAGGAAGGCUUCCGAUGUGGAAGUAAAAGUCUAAGCCGCUCCUUCUGCCUAGAGGGUGUUUGAACUCUUUCUCUCUUUCCUUCCUUUCUUUCUUCCUUUAUUCCUCCCUCAUACAAGUCACACUGCGACAAUCACACAGUCUUUCCUCUAUCACCACUUUGUCCUGGUUUAUUGAUGGCCAUUGCUCUUCAUCUGCUUCCGCUACUAAAAUUCAGCUAAGUCAAAGUACUGCAGGCUUGUGGUUGACCGCGUAACGAUGGACCCAUUUGCCAUCUUUCUGUUCCUUUCACUUUUCCUGUUGCGUCUCUCCUACACUGUUGCCCUUGAUCCAGGUCAACCAUGUAGCCCAGGCUACACACUCUGCUCACCCCAAGGUGCUUCCAUACGAGAUAUACCUCCUAUUGGACCCGGUCUUGCUAGGCUCUAUCUGAAUCUCAUUGAAACUGUCAAUCCUCAAGCCGCACCAGCUCAGGCCAAUCGAUCUGCAGGCCUUCAUGAGCCAGCGCGCAGAACAGGACAAACUCCAGAUACGCUUUGCUGUGCAGACAACACUGAGUGCAUGCUUGUCCUCAGUUACAACAUACCUUGCUGCUGGGACCGGUUUACCACGAAUUACUUCUUUGCAGACGGCUCCUACGGUUCGAUCACGACAGGGAACUACACAACUCCUGCAGGAGACCACGCAAACUUGAUCACGGGAGACUAUGAAUGUGCCAAUGGACAAUCGGGGAACAUCUAACAGGGACAAACAAUUGUUGAGCCCAACACAACAACGUUGACAGUGCCUACGCCCUGGACAAGCAGUGGUGUUGGCUCAGCCAUACCCGCAAGUGCAGUCGGCAGCUACCUGUCCCUGACCUCAUCCUCCUUGAUAAUAGCAACGUUGACAUCGCCUCCUGCGUCUUACAGUGUGGUGAGUAUCAAUCCAGGCAGCUCGACUGAGAAUGCAACCAUUCCAGGGGUCGCCACAGGCACCGAUAGAUACAGCAUUGGCUCCAUGACGCCUGCGUCUCCGUCAACUGUUGUUCCGUCACAGUCUCAGAUCACCCCACCGAUCACGAGUGAGGCUUCACGAAUCAUUUCCAAAGGAGGUUUUCUCUCGAGGCUGAUGGCAUUUUCUGCUACUGCCAUGUAUCUGUGGAUGCAGUGAAAAGACACAACUGGGAUAUUGAUCAUCAUGCAAACCCUCAACUAUGUUUGUCAGCUUCAAACACGUGUGAAACGCACGCAAUCAAUCAGCAAUCAUGUCACGGAAAAGUGCUAAAGAAUCUGGAUUCAGAUGGGAGUAUGGCUGGCUCAAUGUCGCACGAAGCUAUCGUACAGUAUAUCAAAUAUCGUAGGAGAAAAGACGAAACGGAUGUAUGUGAAUGUGUAUGAAUGGGCGUGGCAAUACUGCGUCUGUCGAUAGUGCUGUC